GGUGAAUCGUCAGCAAAACAGCAGUUGUUUCGUACGUCUCGACGCGUUCGGUCCGAUAGCAAGCUUACCAUCUAUCGGGACCGCGUAGCAGAACAUUUGUGCGCUUCUUCUAUCGUACCGUAUCGUGUGUUGCAGUGUUGUAAUAAGUUUAAACGGGUGAUAAAAAAAAACCUCAACCGCGUAAUCGCAUUGACCGCGUCGAGCGCGCGUGCUACCCGCUAGCGUUGUCUGGCAGUCACGCGUACCCCAUUACUUUGGUUUAAAAUUGUUUCGCGUUUUUUAGCGGGCGAAGCUCCAGAUUUAUCGUCUUCUUGCACUAUUUUGUUGAAAAAAUAAAAAAAGAAACCAUGCCCACCAUUCCACCGCCACCGAUACGCGAUCUGGACGGUUUGCUAGCGCCCGUCCUGCCCGAGGGAACCCGUGUGCUCGGUUACGGGUCGGAGUUUCUUACCGCACCCGGUGACAACUAUGGCAGCACAAUGUUGGCCGUUACAGUGCGGACGACCCGUACCACAACGACGGAAGUCAACGAGCAGAAGGAUAAAACAGAUAACAAAGAUCAGCCUCCGGUCGAGUUGCUUCAUCUCGUAGCAAAGAUGCGUCCGAGCAGUGAAGAAUUUCUAGAGAUCUUCCAAAUCGACACAACCUUCGUCAAGGAGGCUGCCGUGUAUCUGAAGAUCGUGCCCACCCUGUUGGCAUUGCAGCGUGAGCAAGGCUACGAUGGAGACGGUGAACUGAUCGAUGUGUUCUGUCGCUGCUACAAUGCCCGUGUAUCACUUGACCCAUCGAUGGAAAAGGUAGACCAGGAUGGUGUGAUGCUGUUCGAGAACUUAAAGCUGGCCGGCUACGUGACAGCGGACCGCCGGCAAGGGUUCAACCGUGAGCAGGCACGAUACGUGCUACAGAAACUGGCCCUCUUUCAUGCGAUCCCGAUAGCGUUGCGCUACCUGAAACCGGAAGUGUUCGAGGCGGGCAUCCAUAAGUACCUCGUUAAGAUUGAUAUCGAUGCGGGACUGAGCCCGGAGACGCUGCGCCAGAUGAUGGAUGUAUUUCGGCAGGAUAUCGUCCGGACCGGUGUGGAGCGAGGGCUGGCCGAACGGGCCUACGCAAAGAUAAACGAGUGCCAUCGACGCCAGGCACAGCUAAUUUCGGACCAGCUGACCAUCUACUGUACGAUGCUGCACAACGACCUGUGGGUGAACAAUAUGAUGAUCAAAUAUGACCCAUCCGGGAAGAUACCGUGCAGCUUGAAGUUUGUCGACUUCCAGCUGAUUCAAAUGGACUCACUCGUACGGGACGUUAUUUUCUUCAUCAUCACCAGCGUCAACGAUCCGGAGCUGGAAACGCAGCUGGACGGCUACUUCGAGUAUUACUUCCAGCAGCUGGCCGCAAACAUGACACGGCUGCAGUUUCCCAACCCGGAGGACUUUACGCUCGAAAGCUUUCGGGAGGAGAUCGAUCGGGUCGCACCGUUCGAGCUGUAUCACAUCGUAUCGAUGCUACGCGUUGUGUUGGCGCGCAAAGAAUCGAUUCCGGACCAAAGCGAACAGGAUGCGGCACUGUUUUUCAACGACAAUCUGGUAGAGGAGGACUACUACCGGCGGCUGGAGGUGACACUAAGAAUCUAUGAUCGGCAAGGUUGGAUCUAGACGAGUCGAGAAAAGUGAGGGAAACGAUGGCUAAAUGUUUUUGUUUUUUUGGGAGAAAGUGUUCAAUUAAGCGUAAUAGUGGUCUCAAUGGGAAAUGAUUGUUACGGUGUAAAUACGAUAAAAAAAACAAAAAAAAAACGAUAAAUAAAUGUUGAUUUAUAUCACGUAAUAACAUAGGAACAAUAAAGCUAUAUUCGUAAUAAUCUAAAA